UAAACAUAGCUGCUGUUCAGUGCUUCACGUGCACACCAGUCUUUCUGAAAAAUAUAGAGACAGAGCUUGGUCUGUUUGGAAGUGGACAAUGACAUACUAUUUGAGAACCUUUGGGCAGAUUAAUAUGAAAACGGUGGAGUUUCUAAUGGAAAAUGUAUCCAAAAAUGGCGCACUCAGCUUGUACAACAAUACCAUACGUCAAAGGCGGUGUUUCAGUAACAGUUCUUUACAGCUUUAUUUCAACAGGGCAACGUCUGAUCAUACCGGACACCUAUUACCAGAGGGAGGUAAGCCAGGUGAAGUUCUCUUCUCAGGACUGGAGGAUUUGCUGUUCCACACCAUAGCAGAUGGGCAGGACAGGAUCCCAAUCUCUCAUUUCUUCAAUGCGGUUAAAAGCACAGGUCUGCUUACGUCUGACCCCCGUCUGCGGGACUGCAUGGACAAACUGCGGCGAGCCGUGCGCGAAUCUAAUGGUGAUGUCAUGAUGGAUCACAAACUGUUUCGCAGGUGUGUAGCUGGAAACAUCGUUCUGCUCUCCCAAGCUUUCAGGAAGAAAUUUAUAAUUCCAGAGUUUGAGGCAUUUGUUGGAAUCAUAAAUCAGAUUUAUAGCAGAGCUAAACAGCAGCAUGAAGGUCUGGUAGCUGACUACAUUCCACAACUUGCCAAGUUCUGUCCCAAUCUUUGGGGAAUUUCACUGUGCACAGUGGAUGGUCAGAGGCACUCAGUAGGUGACACCAAGGUGCCAUUUUGCCUGCAGUCAUGUGUGAAGCCUUUGGAGUACGCCAUUGCUGUACACGAGCAUGGAACUGAACAUGUGCAUCAUUUUGUAGGGAAAGAGCCCAGUGGACUGAAGUUCAACAUGCUCUCCCUUGAUGACGAUGAUAAACCUCACAAUCCCAUGGUUAAUGCCGGAGCAAUUGUCAUCAGCUCUCUUAUCAAGCCUGGUGCCAACAAAGCAGAGAAAUUUGACUAUGUGAUGGACUUUGUGAAGAAAAUGGCAGGCAAGGAAUAUGUAGGCUUCAGUAAUGCUACGUUUCAAUCAGAAAAGGAGACAGGGGACAGAAACUUUGCAAUAGGCUACUACCUGAAAGAGAAGAAGUGUUUUCCUGCUGGGGCAGAUAUGAUUGAUGCUUUGGACUUUUACUUCCAGCUGUGUUCUAUCGAGGUGACAUGCGAGUCAGGCAGUGUGAUGGCAGCCACGCUCGCCAAUGGAGGAAUCUGCCCCAUCACAGGGGAGAGAGUCCUGAGCUCUGAAGCUGUGAGGAACACACUUAGCCUCAUGCAUUCGUGCGGCAUGUAUGACUACUCGGGCCACUUCGCAUUUCAUGUUGGAUUGCCUGCCAAGUCGGGGGUGUCAGGAGCUGUGCUGUUAGUGGUGCCCAAUGUGAUGGGGGUCAUGUGCUGGUCACCACCAUUGGACAGGCUGGGGAACAGUGUAAGAGGCAUCCGCUUCUGUCAGGAACUGGUGACCCAUUUCAACUUCCAUAAUUACGACAAUCUGAGACACUUUGUUAAGAAACAGGAUCCACGUCGACGGUCUGGUGAUGAAAGGAACAAGUCUGUGGUGAACCUGAUGUUUGCAGCUCACAGUGGAGAUGUUUCAGCCCUCAGGAGGUUUGCACUGUCAAAUGUAGAUUUAGACCAGAAGGACUAUGACCGUCGUACAGCGCUUCAUGUUGCAGCAGCAGAAGGUCAUGUAGAGGUUGUGCAGUUUUUAACACAAACAUGCAAAGUGAACCCCUUCGUGAAGGACAGGUGGGGAAACAUUCCACUGGAUGACGCUCUGCAGUCCGGUCAUGACAGCGUCGUAAAGAUUCUGCAGGAUUACCAGAGGGCCUGUGAGGUUUUCACAGAAAAAGACUCACAAAAACGUGACUCUGCUGCAUGGCAGUGAAUAACGGCUUUGGAUUCUGGUGUUAGAAGCUCUUAUUAUAAUUUAUAUAUGAGACAUUGUACUUUCUAUUAAAUUCU